UAAUAAUCAGCUCUCGGUGUUUGCUGUCAGUCGGAGAGAAGCGGAGCGAUGCUAGGCGUCUGACCGUGGCGCCGAAGGGACAAACGGGGUUUAAAAUCCGACCGGGUCGCUCUGGAAUGAGGUCUGGUGACUAGAACCAGACAGGAGCAGUAGUAACGAGAACCAUGGUGACCAAGAAAAUCCGGACAGAGUAUAUGAAGAAGUUCAGGGAUCCCAGGUGGGAGACGUUUUCUAAAUGUUACGAGGACUCUCUGAAGUACCGUCUGACCAGGCGGGUGAUGGAGCACUCCCACAAGCCCUGGUUCUGGGAGGGCUGGGACAGCAGCUCCGAGUCCAGCGGCUGGUCCACGCCCAAGCUCAGCAGGAACAAAAUCGCCCCUCUGUCCCUCCCAAUGCCGCCUCCUCCCACGGAGGUGAAGCACAGCCCGACCAGGCCGAAACCUCCUCCUGAGGACGGAGAGACGGAGGAGGGAGUGGGAGAGGCACCGGUUGGAGACGCUGCAGCGACGGCAGCAGUCCUAGAGAACGGUGUGAAUGAAGCCAGCGGUGGUUCAGAGGACACGGCGACCGACAGCGGCCCCGCUGACACCACGUCUUCUGACGGGGAGCCCGUCAACCCGGGACCGAAACGACGUCCCCGGCGCCGCACCCCUCGGUCAGAGCCGGGACGCCGGGACAGUUCCCACGACGACAAACCGGCAGUCGUCCGCAAAGCGCCGAGAGCGAAGAGCACGCCGCCGGUCAUCACCAAGGAGAAGGAGAACCGGAGACCGUCCGGCCGACUGGACUGGAACGAGAGACAGACGGAGGUCAGACGGACGCCGAAUGACAGCAACACGUCGGACGCCUGCGUCCAGACUCGCCGGGAGUCCGACAAACGCAGCUCCAACGUGGAGCGGCGCCGGGCUCGGUCUGCCGACCUGGAGAAGAUGAGGCGCUCGCAGCUCACGGUGGUGGACGACCGCUGGAUGACCGAGUACAUGCGCUGCUUCUCCGCCCGGCUGAGGUAGAGACAGGACUCUCCCCCACCUCCCGAAAACCCCUGAAAACCACCAUUCACUAUUUGAGAGCAAAUAUCCAAACGGUGGAACAGGUGUCGGGAGACAAAGCGAGAACCGUGUUGUCUGGUUAUCGUCCAUCAACGUCUUUUUAGAGCGAAUCGCUGCUGUCGAGGGGAAAAGAAACACCCCAAAAUCUUUCUGUUUAAUCUAAAGUUCAUAUAUAUGGUCAUUCAUUUAUCGACGUGGCAUCGUGACUUUGCGGAAACGUACACGCCACUUUCCUAAAGCCAAGUGGCGUGUUAUCUGCACGCAUUUUUGAGCUAUCCGCGUGUAUGUCUACGCUGUUAUACAGCGGAU